UUUCCGGGCCUCAGGUAUCGAAGGAUGGCGGCAAUUGUGAGACGCUCUCCAAAUUUUCUUUUUGGAGCACGCAGUACAUUGCGAGCUCUCGUUUCUUCUGCUUCGUUCGAGACUCACAGGCAGCAAAAGAACUUUUGCCAUCAUGGACACACAAAAAUCAAAGUGGAUGGGCCUGUUGUUGAGAUGGACGGCGAUGAGAUGACUCGUGUGAUAUGGACAAUGAUUAAAGAGAGGCUCAUUAAACCAUAUCUGGAUCUGGAUAUAAAAUACUAUGAUCUUGGUUUGCCACAUCGAGACGAUACAGAUGACAAAGUAACAGUUGAAGCUGCUGAAGCCAUCAAGCAUUACAGUGUAGGAAUUAAAUGUGCAACCAUCACUCCAGAUGAGGAGAGGGUUAAAGAGUACAACCUGAAAAAAAUGUGGCGAAGUCCUAAUGGCACCAUUCGAAACAUCCUUGGUGGUACUGUAUUCCGUGAACCAAUCAUUUGCCAGAAAGUUCCCAGACUGGUCCCUGGAUGGGAAAAGCCAAUUGUGAUUGGAAGGCAUGCUCAUGGCGACCAGUAUCGUGCAAGAGAUUUUGUCGUGAAUGGACCAGGAGUGUUUGAAAUCUCCUACAGACCUGCUGAUGGCAGUGAAAAGCUGACCACUGAGGUGUUUGAGUUUACAGGGACUGGAGGUGUCACCAUGGGCAUGUAUAACACUGAUGAGUCAAUCAGGGAUUUUGCUCACAGUUGCUUCCAAUAUGCAUUGAGUAAAGAAUGGCCCCUGUAUAUGAGCACCAAGAAUACAAUUCUCAAGAAGUAUGAUGGCAGAUUUAAGGAUAUCUUUGAAGAGAUUUACGAAAGGAGUUACAAAGAUCAAUUUAAGGAAGCUGGAAUUUGGUAUGAGCACAGACUUAUUGAUGACAUGGUGGCCUAUGCCCUGAAAUCUCCUGGUGGAUUUGUUUGGGCAGCAAAGAAUUAUGAUGGGGAUGUCCAAUCUGAUACACUGGCACAAGGCUUUGGUUCCCUUGGUCUUAUGACAAGUGUAUUAGUAUGUGGUGAUGGCAAAACAAUAGAGGCUGAGGCAGCCCAUGGUACUGUGACAAGACAUUACAGGGAGUACCAGAAGGGAAAUGAGACAAGUACCAAUCCCAUUGCCAGUAUUUUUGCAUGGACUCAAGGUUUACGUCACAGAGCAAGACUAGACAAGAAUGCUGAGCUCAAAAAGUUCUGCAAGGCUCUUGAGAAGGCAUGUGUUGAUGCUGUUGACAACGGUCAUAUGACUAAAGAUCUUGCUGCUUGUAUCUAUGGACUUAGCAAUGUAAAGCGGGACCAGUACUGCUCAACUGAACAGUACUUUGAUGCUGUUGAGAAGCAACUUCACGACCUUUAUCAACCUCCUGCAUGAUGAUGAGUCAGCCAUCAAAGUUCCUGCUACAGAUAAUCCUUUAGACUGAUAAUACAGUGGCAGAUUUAGCCCUGUAAUUGUGUUCAUUAUAAUUUAGGACAGAACUAUUUCCAAGCUAUUGCUUACUAUACAAUUUUCUUUGAGAUGAGUGUGACUAUCACUAAUGUAUUUUUUGUUAAAAACUGGCACUAAUCAGUUCAAUUUUACUAAUGUAUUUUGCACACGGGCGCUUGCCUGAGCUUUCAUAUUAUGAUUAUUCUGUGGUCAGGCCAGUCAAGUCCUAUCCUUUCAGUAUCAGUGGCAAAUUCUUGCAUAUGUGAUAUGCUGUGUGGUGAAUGUGAGUGCCAAUAACGUAUCUUUUACUUGUGAUCUGAAACAAGCUGCCAAAAAUUUUAGUAAGCUUACUCUGUAGUUAGGACUCAAAAUUUCUGUAGUGUGAAUAAUGUGUGGUUUAUUGUAUGUACUUGCAAAAUAGAAAAUAAAGUUGCUAAGAUUUUAAAA